AUGGCUCCAGCAUGGUUUGGUAAAAUCUACAACAAGCUUGAAACGUUACUUGUGGAGGUGGACACUUUCACUUCACAGAGCACUCUUUGUUUGAAUUCAAGUGAUCCUUCUGAAUGGGAAUCUGUAAGAGGUGAACCUGAUGAAUUUGUGGAGGAUCUUUCUUCUGAUUUGCAGCAACACCAUGAUCGUCUUGCUUUACCUAGCUGUGAGAGUCCUUCUGAUCCACCAUCACAUCAGAACUUUGACGUUUCAGGAAAUGUUAAGGUUGAGAAACAAGUAGAAGAGGAUAUAGUGAAUGAGGAUUUAUCAGUCUCUUCUUCGUCUUCUGAUGGAGAAACGCUCUCUGGAGCUUCUUUGAUCCAUGAGUACUGUGAUGGUACUCUAACAUCAGCCACUAAACAUGGUGAUGAGGAGUCUCUGAUCAGUAACAGUUUGACUACUACUCAGAAAAUUUCUUCUGGAGAAGCUUUGGUUUUUCCAGGGGAGGAAAUUGUAGAAGAAGUUAGAGUUGAAUCUUUCAGAGAUUAUGUUUCCACAGGUUCUCAAUCUACCCAAAGUUGGGGAGAAAGUUUUGGGACUUUAAUAGAAUGUAGAGAUGACCUUAGGAUCUCUAUGGAUGAUACAAAUCUAAAUCCAACCGACACAAAGAGUUCAGAUGAACCUGUUGAAGAUAAUGUGUCAAACAUGAGAUCCUUUAAUGAUGAUAAUCCAGAUGAUGUGAUUCAUGACAUGUCUGAUACAGCUCCAUUGAAUACCAAAGAAUUAUCCGGCAUGGUAUUUCAAGAAGGCCCCUCGUAUGUUGACGACAAUGAACUCUAUGCACUUCAUGUUAGGACCAAGAAGCUCAGAUCAGUAAAGAGAAAGAUAUUGGAUGCUUUAGCUACAAAAAGAAUAAGAGAGAAGGAGUAUGAGCAGCUUGCAAUUUGGUUUGGAGAUGCAGAUAUGGGUUCUGAUCUGGUCAGUGAAGACUCUGAACACAAAGAAGCUAUAGACUCCAAAAGCUCACAGGUACUUGAAUCGGAAGAUUCCCACUGGGAGCUAUUGUGA